UGCUUAUAUUGAGUUGUGUUGUGUAUAAUGUAUUGAAUUGAAUGCUAUUAUUAUUGAGUAGUGUUUUGAGUGAUCCUUGAAGUGAGUGAUUAUAUUCAACACAAAAGUCGAUGAAAUAUACAAAUAUCUGAUGACAAAAGUUUUACACAAAAAUGUCUGAAUUGAUGGCAAAAGCUAUGAAUUGUAGGGAAAACCCAUUGGUUUUGCAUUUGUAUUGAAUAUCAUAUCUCUUGUGGUGCGACUCAACCUCCGAGUCGGUCACUACUGUUAGCCAUCACUCACAUGGAUGUGAAUGUUGGUCUUCGUGUAGUUCGAGGACCCGAUUGGAAGUGGUCUAACCAGGAUGAUGGCGAGGGUCACGUCGGUACUGUUGUAGAAGUGGGUCGUCCUGGCUCUCUGGCCACUCCCGACAAGACUGUUGUGGUUCAAUGGGACUCCGGGUCCCGGACUAACUAUCGGAUUGGUUAUCAAAAUGCUUUUGAUUUGCGAGUGUUGGACAACGCGACUAUUGGUUUCCGACACUAUAAUAUCAUUUGUGUCGGCUGUAAGAAACACGGAAUCGCUGGCAUGAGAUGGAAAUGUUUGGUCUGUCAGGGCGUUGAUCUCUGCACUCUUUGCUAUAUGAAUGAUAAGCACGACCUGAACCACGCAUUCGCUCGUUUUGAGACCCAUUCUUCUCCCGGUGUCGAAAUGUCUAAAAGGAGUGCUAAAAACAGUGUUAAGAUUCAGGCGAGAGGUAUAUUUGUUGGCGCAAGAGUUAUGAGAGGCUAUGAUUGGGAUUGGGCUAAUCAGGACGGAGGUGAGGGAAAAAUUGGUAAAGUUAUAGACAUCCGCGGUUGGGAUAAUGAGUCCCGUAGAAGUGUUGCCAAUGUUAUGUGGGCUUCGGGUUCUACUAAUGUCUAUAGAGUUGGUCACAAAGGGAAGGUUGACCUGAAAUAUGCCCUGGACGCUCCCGGUCCUUAUUAUUAUAGAGACCAUUUACCAUUUCUGGGACAAACUACUGAAGGAGCUAAUCGUAUCUCCAUUACUACUACAGUACCCACUAAUUCAGAGAACCAGAGAAAUAACUGUCCAUUCAAUGUGGACGACAAAGUUAAGGUAAUUAUAGAAGAUGUAAACGAAUUGAAGGCAUUACAAGAAGGACACGGAGGUUGGAAUCAACGAAUGGCCGAAUUUAUUGGUCACAUCGGAACUGUUCAUAGAGUCACAGAUAAGGGUGAUAUCAGAGUUCAAUUUGAAGGAUGUCAUAAUAGAUGGACAUUCAAUCCAAUCGCUUUGUCUAAAGUUAUAUCAUAUUCUGUGGGAGAUAUUGUCAAGAUUUGUGAUGACAUUAAUAAAGUUAAAGAGCUUCAGAAAUCUCACGGAGAAUGGAAUGAUUACAUGUCGGGUACUAUUGGAAAGAUGGGUAAAAUAGUUAAAGUUUAUGAAGACCACGACCUCAGAGUCACAGUGGACUGUCAAACGUGGACUUUCAAUCCACAGUGUGUGUCAUUAAUGCCCGGUUCUGCCACCGAAAUGAAUAAUACUAUGAUAUCUCAUCCGAGCAGAGAAGACACGAACUCUCGUUUGGGUAAUCUUUUAGAAUACGAACCAUUAUAUGUGGACACUGCCUGUCCAUCAACUGGUGAUGUAUCUGUCAAAGUGAACUGUCCUCCAUCUUCGGCAAAAAUUACUAAAGAGAACUUAGCGAGAGAAGCAGCUCAGGGACGCAUAGAAAAUGUCAAAUUAAUUUUUGAGAAGUACCCGGGUUGUGUAGAUCAUAAAAGUUCGGGUAAAACAGCACUUCAAGUGGCCUCACAUCAGGGACACAUCGACAUCGUACGACUUCUUCUUGAAUUAAAUGCUGAUAUUAAUCUUCGCGAUGAAGAGGGAGACACUGCUCUUCAUUACGCGGCGUUCGGAAAUCAGAGCGAAAUCAUGGAACUAUUGAUUAAUAAAGGAUCGGACAUCGAUGCCGUCAAUCGGACGCGUUGUUCAGCUCUUCAUAUUGCUGUUAAUAAAAACCAUAUAAACUGUGUUCGCGUUCUUUUAAAGUAUGGCUGUAAUUGUAAUCAAUUGGACUCUUAUGGUGACACAGCUCUACACGACGCUAUCGGCAAACUUGAAAAUCUUGAAAUAAUUGAAGCAUUAAUAUCUUCUUCUGGAAUUAAUUUUAGUCUAAAAAAUAAAAGAGGUUUUAAUGUUUUACAUCACUCUGCACUUAAAGGAAACCAUUUCGCCGCCGAAAAGAUCAUAACAAAGUCUCGACAAUUAGUCGAUUGCAAGAAAGAGGACGGGUUUACAGCUUUACAUUUGGCUGCCCUUAACGGUCACAACCAGAUUGUCGAGACACUCAUUACUCAGGGACAGGCGGACAUCAAUAUCUUAAACAAUCGCAAACAAACACCACUAAUGUUAGCUGUGGGUCAAUCUCAUUGGACAAUCAUUGAGUUAUUAGUGCGAUUGGGCGCUAACGUGAACGCCGUAAACGAAGACAAUGAAACAGCUCUUCACUUAUCACUUGCCAAAUGUCGUGAUCCACCAAAAGCUGAUUUAGUUGUAACCAAUUCGUCGAUAUUUUCAGAUUUAUUGAAUAAGUUAUCUGCCAUUGGUUUUGCACAAAACAUAAACCUUGCGAUGGCGUGCUUUUUAAUACAAGAAGGAAAUGCUGACAUCACCACUAAAAAUAAGAGGUCAAAGACAGCAUUGGAUAUGUUAGAAAUUGCCGCACAAAUGGCUCAAAUGGAUCGCGACCUCGAUUUGACCCGAACUUCUAAUGAACCGAAUUAUUCAAUGGCUAAAGAUUUCAUAUUAAGUUUGGCCGACAAACGAAUAACUCACACAAAGAACAGUCACGAGAGACCACAAGCUGUUAGUAACACUUGCGAUGAUGUGAUUAGUGUGAAUCCACCUAAAGCUCAGGCCGUCAUCAGUAACAGUGAAAGUGUUAGCAGUGAAACAUAUGAAACAACUGAAUGUAUUUUAUGCAACGAUUUUGCGGCUUCCGUCACGUUUAAGCCGUGCGAUCACACAGUAGUCUGUGAGUUGUGUUCAGUGAGAAUCAAACGAUGUAUUGAAUGUCACCAAUUUAUUAACGCCAAAGUCGUGGUGCAGACUAAUAGACAAUUAAGUGAUACAAAUAUAAGCGACGAUUCAAUUACAAACAAACUUCACACUAAUUCUAACCGAAAACACAGUAAUAAUAGUAAUAUAAGUAAUAACAGCACUAAUAGUAAUAAUAGUUUAAGUAGUAAUAAAUCAAAUAAUAGCUCAAUUCAUAACAAUAAUAAACAUAACGAUUCAAAAGUUAAUUACGAAAGACUUAAAUUUUUGGAGUCAAAGAUUGCUGAGAUCGAGGAAGCAAAUAGUUGUGCCAUUUGUAUGAUUCCCUAUACGCAUAAUGGCAUACUUAGGAUGGCAUUCCUCUGUGGCCACUCUGCCUGUUAUAACUGCGCCUCAACUCUUAAAACAUGUCAUAUGUGUAGAAAAACUAUUACAAGAAAAAUAAAUCUCUAUUAAUGAUAGCAAACCUCUAGUGUUCAUCAUAUUUGUCGUCACUUAAGCACCUGAUUACUC